GCCUCAUUUGUAAGGUCUAUUUUUUGUACUUAAUUAAGAUAAAUAAUAAUAACCGUCCUAUAUAUAAAGUACGGAGUAUCUUUUUUUACACUUUAAAAACACAAAAUACUCUAUCCCCACUUGUGUUUAUAUGUUUUUAUUGGUGUUCUUUCAAUUUGGUCAUCACAAAAUAUAUUGGAAUAAUAGAUAAUAUUAAUCCCAACUAUACCCGGUCCGCUUUUAAUAAUCCUUAAUAUAGAUUAUUUCCCUAUAGUCCCAACUUUGGGCCCCAUUUUCUUAAAACACUCCGCUACACCGAAGACCGGUAGUAUCAGUAAAUUAAAGUGUUAAACAUCCUAACAGCCAUGUCAUUACUCCAUUCUCAUACCAAACAUAUUUGCUCACCUACCAUCACAGCCGUAGAACAUGAACUUGGAGGAAUAGUCACCUACCACCAGCACCUUGACUGUCUUGCACCGUCGUCAUAGUCGUCGGUAAGUAGGUGAAGAAAUCAGAAUAACUCCAGGUACCCAGACUGUCUUGUGCAUGGUUCUCACAGUCCAAGGUACGAAUUGAGAUGGAUAGUUCAACUGUCAUUACAAUUAAGAUGUGGCAUGGAGGUAUCUUUAAGAAUAACAAUCUGAAAAAGUUGGAGUACGUAGAUGGUGAAUACAAAUGUUUUGAAAUUGAUGCUGAUGAGUUGUGCUGGUUUUGGUUAGAAGAGUUAGCUGGUAAUUAUGGAAAAUGCAGCAGUAUUGAUGACAUUUAUUACUUGAUUCCUGGUCAAAGUCUGCAGAACGGUUUGAGAAGAGUUAAGCUUGAUGAUGAGGUCAGGAAAAUGUACAAAGUAGCUAUGAAAUAUAAGAUCAUUGACUGCUAUAUAAGACAUGGACUAAGCUCACCAGAAUUGGUGCUACUACUUGAAGGUGGUGGGGAAAAUGAAGGGGGGGCUACUGAAAAAUGGGUUAAUGAUGGGGUAAAAGGGAGUUCAAGAAGUUCAGCUGCUGUGAGUGGAACUGAACCAAUUACAAGGAAGGCACAUGUUUUAUUCCAAGUGUGUCACAGAUUAGAUUGUUUGACAGUAAAUUUAGAGGCUAGAACCUGCACUUGUAGGAAGUGGGACUUGAGUGGAAUACCAUGUUGUCAUGCCAUUUCUUGCAUUUUCUUCAUGAAUGAGACUCCUGAGAACUAUGUGCAUACCUGCUACACCAAGGACACUUAUCUGAAAAUGUACUCAGGGGGUAUUGCACCCCUAACUGGAGAGAGACAUUGGCCCAAGGUUGAUAUGCCAAUAGACCCUCCACCUAUUAAGAUUGGGCCAGGUAGACCUAGGAAAAGUAGAAUGAAGUCUCCCCAUGAAAACCCUAAGAAGCCAGGAAAAUUAACAAAACAUGAUGUUGAGAUGUCAUGUAGUGUGUGCAAGUCCAAAGAUCAUAACAAGAGAAAAUGCCCGGAUAAAAACAAGGAAGCUCAACCUGUACAAAAGAAAAGCAGGGACAGGCCCAAGAAAGCUAUCCAAAAUGCAGAAGCACAACAAAGCACUUAUCAAACCACUGCACAACCUACAAGAAUAGGGAGAGGAGGAAGACUUAUUCAAGCAAGAGGAGGAAGUAACACAACUGGUAGAGGCAGCAGACCCGGGGAAACAAGAGGGAGAGGGAGAUUUGGAAGAGGCAGAGGUAAGGGUCAAAUUUCUGUAGACUUUGGAGUCUUUGUUGAUGGAGAAGGCAACACCUGGACUAAUCCUCCCGGCCAAGCUGGUCCAAGUUAUCUAUCAGAGCCUUCAGUUGGUCCUUCAUUUCCUUAGGUUGUUGUCCAAAGUUGCAGUCCAAAGUUGCAGAGAAGAAGUUGAUGUUUAGUAUUGUUAUUAUGUAAUACGUUGCAGACAAGAAGUUGAUGUUUUGUGAUUCUAGACUUUGUUGUAUUUCAAAGCUUUGUAAUGACUUAACUUGGUGUGUUUGUUAGUCCUUUUUUAUCAACUUGCUUGAAGACUUGGUAGUAUUUGGAACCUUUGUAAUGUUUAAUAUUUUGAACUUUUAUGUAAACAGACUUCUAAGUCUGUGGGUUGUUCAUGUUCAAUGAUAUGUGGUUUGUUCCCAGAU